AUGGCGGGCGCCUUCCUGGUGGCGCUGUACGAGUACUCGCCGCUCUUCUACAUCGCCGUCGUCUUCACCUGCUUCGUCGUCACCAGCGGCCUCGUCCUCGGAUGGUUCGGUUGGGACGUCCCCGUAAUUCUGAGAAACUCCGAAGAAACGGAAUCCAGCGCCAGGGUCUCCAGAAAGCCGAUGAGACAAGUCAAGAAUCCCUUCAGCUUAGAGAUCACUCAUCCCCCUUCGGCCUCUCUCUCAAUGGGCAUCGGCCUGACGGCGGACUGUCUGAGCGACUGCGUGCUGACCUGCUACUGGGGCUGCAGCGUCCAGCGGCUGCACGAAGCCCUGGGGCGUCACGGACGCUGCGCCCGCAUCCGGACCCCGCGGGCGCUGGAAGACGCCCUGGGCUCCGCCUUCCUCCACCGGGAGCGUCACCUCGUCGGGAAAGCCAAGAGGGAGGAAAAACUGUGCCAGCUGCCCGCGGGCGCGGGCAUCGCCGACUUCGGAGCCGUGCCCCGGUCGCGCUACCCGCUGGUCGCCCUCCUGACCCUCGCCGACGAGGAUGACCGGGACGUCUACGACAUAAUUUCCAUGGUGUCGGUCAUUCACAUUCCCGACGAGAGCUACAGGCUUUCCUGCCGGAUGCUGUAUCAGUAUUUACUCCUGGCCCAGGGUCAGCUCCACGACCUGAAGCAACUCUUCAUGUCGGCGAACAGCGUCGCGCCCGGCCCGGGAGGAGGAGGAGGAGGAGGAGGAGGGGGAGGAGGAGGAGGAGAAGGGCCCGGGGAGCGGGAGCCGCGGGAGGAGGGCGGGCGGGACUGCGUGGUCUGCCGCAACGGGCCCGUCAACUGGGUGCUCCUGCCCUGCCGCCACACGUGCCUGUGCGACCUGUGCGGGCGCUGCUUUGGACGCUGCCCCGUGUGCCGGCAGCCCGUCCUCGAGGCCUUCCCUCUCCGCGCCCACCGCGACCCGCGCUGAGGCCGGGAGGGGAGCGCGGGCACCGGGCCCGUCGUCGUCUCCGGGCACGCGGCCCCCACCCUCCCACCCGCGGACGGACGGCCGAGCGGCGCGGGGAGCGGAAAGGCGGAAAGACGCCCCGCGGAUAACGGAAGACCGACCGCCCUUCGGGAUGCCGGGCAUCGCGUCCGGCGGGGACCUCUCCCAGGACGCGGGGUCGGGAACGACGCCAACCGCGAAUAAAACCCGCUGCGGAGACGCGGCCACUGUGACGGGCGACGCUUUGUCCGGAAAACAGAACCAUCCCGUGUCA